GCUAUCAACAAAAACCCGCGAAGACGCGAAUUUUUCGAAGUGCCGUGAUUGAUAAAAGACGAACUCACGAUGACUACGGAACGCCGAAAACGUUAUCAGAGAUUGAUUGAUCAGGGGCGCGAUAUAGCGCUCCGCACUCAAACAGAAAAUGCGGUGGACAUUUUCCAGAGCGUGUCCGCGCUUCUUGAUAGCAACGAAUCCUUGAUGCAGGAAAGUUCCAGUAAAGAUCGCCCGGAAAAUGCGUCCGAGAUCUCGCUUAACGUGCAGAUCGUAAAGAUGAGCCACGAGCUAGUUAGCGCGGCUAUGCAGAAAUCCGAAAGUUCACAAUUCUGCGAUGCUGAGUUAACGACUGCGAUUGGGACCAUGAUUGGCGCAUCUGAUGGCCAGCAAAACUGGCAUUUGUUUGGCAAAACCGGCAUCACGGCAUUCCGUAUGUCGAAACACACGUCCCCGCUAUUUGGAUCGUUUGAUUUCAACCCGGCUCCGGUGGAACACACUGUUAAAGAACGUCGACGGCGGCAACGGCAGGAGCUCGGGGAAGCACGUAAGCCGAGUACAGUGCACCAGCUGAACCAAGAAGAAACCGAUGCCCGAAACCUACAGAGCAUAUUGGACCAACUGAAAGCGAUUUGCGGAAACAAAGGGGCGAACAAAGGGAUUGCUUACUACGAGCUGAUCACUGAUCCCACGGACUUCAUGAACACGAUCGAUACGGCGUUCCAGAUUUCCUUUCUCAUUCAAAAGGGAGUCGUUGUGUUGGAGACAGUAGACGGUGUUCUCUUUGCACGACUACCAAGCGAUGAUGAGAAGCAGCAGGAGCGCCUUGGACAGAACGAUGAAAAUGUGCAAGCCAUUCUCUCGUUCAACUACGCAAAGUGGCAGGAAUCGAUAAAACGCUACCACCUGACGCGACCAAUCCUUCGGAUUGACCGGGACAUCUCGGAUAGCCAUUGAAGUGCGUGCUUCCUUCUGUAGCGACCCUACCCACCUUCAUCCACCUCUUCAUCAACCUUUCAUUCACCUCUUCUUAAUAAAUCUUUAAGUUGUAUUUUGGACGUUAAA